UGGUGGCUUCCGUGGGGCUCUGCGCCCCCGACUCCCCACCGCCCCUGUCCGCUUGGAGCGAUGGAGCAUGCCCAGUGGCCGCGCUGGAGCCAUCGAGGGCUUUGCCCGGGCGCACGCAGCUUCUCCGGGUUUUAGCUGGAGCCUUGGGGAGGCGGGUGGUGAGGGGGCCAGCGGAGCCCCGCAGCCUUGGCCGCGCGCGCCGGUGGGGAGCUCGCGCGCUGCUCCGGGCUCGGUCCCGCCCGGCUGUGGCUCGGCGGACGCUGGAGCGCGGCGCCCGGCUGCUCCACCUGGCGCCCCGAGCCGCGCGGGAGCCCCGGGGCCGCGAGGGGCGCAGGAGGCAGUAGCAUGCCCGCCGGGUGCCUUCGGCGCUGCGGGAGGUGCCGCUCGCCGCGCCACUAACUUGCUACUUGGUGUGGUCGGUCUGGUCGCCGAGGCUCUGGACGCUCUGGGGUGUGGGGGCGGGGGAGUGGGGAGUUGGAGGGUCUGCGGUAGCCGAAGGAGGGAUCCGGCUAGGGAGAGCCUCCCUGGUGCCGCUCCCCUUCUCCUCCCUGCGCUCCCCUCCCCCCACCGCGUCUCUGCCUCUUUCCCUUCCGCCCAUUCGGAGAGCGCUGGGCGCCUGGGACUUGCGAUCGCUGCCAAGUGAUGGUCCCCGAGUCUGAAGUGCCCGCGAGGAAGUGAGCGCCAACGCGGCCGCGGGCGAUGACAGCCAUGAAGAAGGAGCAGCAGCCCACCCCGGGGGCCAGGGCGAGCCAGGCGCCGCCGGCGGACCAGGAGCUGGGAAGUAACAGCCCUCCACAGAGAAACUGGAAGGGGAUUGCUAUUGCCCUGCUGGUGAUUUUAGUUGUAUGCUCACUCAUCACUAUGUCAGUCAUCCUCUUAACCCCAGAUGAACUUACAAAUUCAUCAGAAACCAGAUUGUCCUUGGAAGACCUCUUCAGGGAGGACUUCGUGCUGCAUGAUCCUGAAGCCCGAUGGAUCAAUGAUACAGAUGUGGUGUAUAAAAGCGAGAAUGGACAUGUCAUUAAACUGAAUAUAGAAACAAAUGCCACCACAUUAUUAUUGGAAAACACAACUUUUGGAACCUUCAAAGCAUCAAGACACUCAGUUUCACCAGAUUUGAAAUAUGUUCUUCUGGCAUAUGAUGUCAAACAGAUUUUUCAUUAUUCGUAUACUGCUUCAUAUGUGAUUUACAACAUACACACUAGGGAAGUUUGGGAGUUAAACCCUCCAGAAGUAGCGAACUCCGUGUUGCAGUAUGCGGCCUGGGGAGUCCAAGGGCAGCAGCUGAUUUAUAUCUUUGAGAAUAAUAUCUACUAUCAACCUGAUAUAAAGAGCAGUUCAUUGCGACUGACAUCCUCUGGAAAAGAAGGAAUUAUUUUUAAUGGGAUUGCUGACUGGUUGUAUGAAGAAGAACUUCUGCAUUCUCACAUCGCCCACUGGUGGUCACCAGAUGGAGAAAGGCUUGCCUUCCUGAUGAUAAAUGAUUCACUGGUGCCUAACAUGGUCAUCCCUCGGUUUACCGGAGCAUUGUAUCCCAAAGGAAGGCAGUAUCCGUAUCCUAAGGCAGGUCAAGUGAACCCAACAAUCAAAUUAUAUGUUGUAAACCUAUAUGGACCAACUCAUACUUUGGAACUCAUGCCACCCGACAUCUUUAAAUCAAGAGAAUAUUAUAUCACAAUGGUUAAAUGGGUAAGCAAUACCAAGACGGUGGUCAGAUGGUUAAACCGACCUCAGAACAUUUCCAUCCUCACGGUCUGUGAGACCACAACUGGUGCUUGUAGUAGAAAAUACGAGAUGACAUCAGAUACGUGGCUCUCCAAGCAGAAUGAGGAGCCCGUGUUUUCUAGAGAUGGCAGCAAAUUCUUUAUGACAGUUCCUGUUAAGCAAGGGGGCCGUGGGGAGUUUCACCACAUAGCCAUGUUCCUCGUCCAGAGUAAAAGUGAGCAAAUAACCAUGCGGCACCUAACAUCAGGAAACUGGGAAGUGAUAAAGAUCUUGGCAUACGAUGAAACUACUCAAAAAAUUUACUUUCUGAGCACGGAGUCUUCCCCCAGAGGGAGGCAGCUGUACAGUGCAUCUACCGAAGGAUUAUUGAAUCGUCAAUGCAUUUCAUGUAAUUUUAUGAAAGAACAAUGUACAUAUUUUGAUGCCAGUUUUAGUCCCAUGAAUCAACAUUUCUUAUUACUCUGUAAAGGUCCAGGGGUCCCAAUGGUCAGCCUACAUAGCACGGACAACCCAGCAAAAUAUUUUAUAUUGGAAAGCAAUUCCAUGCUAAAGGAAGCUAUCCUGAAGAAGAUAGUGAAGUCAGAAGUUAAAACGAUUCAUAUUGAUGACUAUGAACUUCCUUUACAGUUGUCCUUUCCCAAAGACUUUACGGACCGAAACAAGUAUGCUCUUCUGUUAAUAAUGGAUGAAGAACCAGGAAGCCAGCUGGUUACAGAUAAGUUCCAUAUUGACUGGGACUCAGUACUUGUCGACACAGAUAGCAUCAUCAUUGCACGAUUUGAUGGCAGAGGAAGUGGAUUCCAGGGCCUGAAAAUUUUGCAGGAGAUUCAUCGAAGGUUAGGUUCAGUGGAAGUAAAGGACCAAAUAACAGCUGUGAAAUUUUUACUGAAACUACCAUACAUUGACUCCAAUAGAUUAAGCAUUUUUGGAAAGGGGUAUGGUGGCUAUGUUGCAUCAAUGAUCUUAAAAUCAGAUGAAAAGCUUUUCAAAUGUGGAUCAGUAAUUGCACCCAUCACUGACUUGAAGCUGUAUGCUUCAGCUUUCUCUGAAAGAUACCUUGGUAUGCCAUCUAAAGAAGAAAGCACAUACCAGGCAUCAAGUGUGCUACAUAAUAUCCAUGGCUUAAAAGAAGAAAAUAUAUUAAUAAUUCAUGGGACUGCUGACACAAAAGUUCAUUUCCAGCACUCAGCAGAAUUAAUAAAACACCUAAUAAAAGCUGAAGUGAAUUAUACUAUGCAGGUCUAUCCAGAUGAAGGUCAUAGCAUAUCUGAAAAGAGCAAGUAUCAUCUCUACAGCACAAUCCUCAGAUUCUUCAGUGAUUGCUUAAAGGAAGAAAUAUCCAUGAUACCACAGGAACCAGAAGAAGAAGAUGAAUAAUGGACUCUAUAUAGAACUAAGGGGAUAUUGAGGUUCAAUGAAAUCUAACCAAGAGACUGUAAUAUUGUAGAUGCUGCAGAAUUCCAAGGGCAGCUUGAGGAGAUGACACUGGAACAGCACACUCAGAGACAAUAAACUAGAAUUUGAAUACAGAUGUCCAAGUCUACUGUUUUGCCAAGGGUGCAGAACCUGUUUCUUUGUGUAAGGAAGGUCAAAUGGUUGGUUUCUUAGGAGAAAUUAGUUUUGCAUUAAAGUAGGAAUAGUGCAUGUUUUUUUCAGUUAUCCCCUCUUUGUUCUGUAACUAGUUGUUCUCAUUUUAAUUUUAAUGGCCACCAUCUUUGAAUACAAUGCACAACAUAUCAGUACUUCAGUCCCUGAUCUUUGGUGGCUGAGCAGCAGUCUAACACUUUAGUGUACCUUUACAAUAAGUGCAAUUCCUUCAUUGCCUAUUAUUAUGCAUAAGAAAAUAUUCAGUUAAUAAAAAGAGGCUAUUUUAUGUAAUUUCUGUUUACAAAAAAAAGCAUUGUUAAAUGGGUCAAAGGUCAUGUAGAAAUAUGGAUUUCAGCACCUUCCAAAGUUCAGCCAGUUACCAGUAGAUAUGAUAUUGUUAAACCAACACACACGUGUGUGUUGAACAAUAUAUAUACACACUUGUGCAUAUGCAAUCAAUAAAUUUAUCUUUACAUGUCAUUCAUGCUACAAAGGAUAAACUUUUGAUGAACUAGAAGAAAUGCUCUUUUACAGGCUAUAAUGGAAGCUUUGUUUAAUGAGCCAAAUAUGAUGAAACAUUUUUUUCAAUUCAAAUUCUAGCUAUUGCUUUCCUCUAAAUGUUUGGGUUGUGUUUGGUAUCGUUUUUAGUGGUUAAUAGUUUUCUAGUUGCAAUUUAAUUAUUUGGAUAUGAUACCUUGUCACUUGUACAUUAGAUACUUAAAUAUUAAAUUAUAGUUUCUGAUAAAGAA